AUGUCUGGUAUGACCACCACCACCACACUGGCUAGGCUGAGCCAACACCCUGACCCAAGCAGAGAGGCUAACCCCCCCCUCUCUUUCAUGAGCAGUUAUAAAAGAAGCCGCUGCCACACUACACUUCCAUACAGGACUCGCAGAGAUACAAGGACAGUGGACAGUAUGGAGCUGCUGACCUGUGCUUUGGUGACGGCCGUCCUCAGUAGCACCUAUGCCAUCCCGGCCAGUGUACGGCUGGAUGAGGGCGAACACAUCGGGGACGCAGAUCUGGACUCAGAGCCAGACCUAGAACUGGUAUGGAGAGAGCUGUCGAUGAGGUCGCACACAUCCCAGAGCUCCAGCGAAUCUCAGUCAUCUGAGGAAACGUCCAGGGAAGAGACGCCUGGCCUGGACACACCUCCCACUGAGCUGCCCCCCUCGAGCUCUGCCUCUCCCACCAGCCUUCCUGUCGCCAUGACCACCGGGCUCUCAGGGACGGACAUGCCUACUGUGUACACUACUGUCCCAGGGCCGUGCCCCACCACUGGCUGUGUGACAGUAGACAUCCCCACCGCAGAGGGUGACAAUAGGGGCGAUGCAUAA